AUGAGAAACCACACAGAAAUAACAGAGUUUAUCCUCCUGGGAUUGUCAGAUGACCCACAGCUUCAGGUGGUGAUCUUUGUCUCUCUGCUCAUCACCUACAUGCUCAGCAUCACUGGCAACCUGACCAUUAUCACCCUUACCCUGCUGGAUUCCCACCUCCAGACCCCCAUGUAUUUCUUCCUCAGAAACUUCUCCUUAUUAGAGGUUUCAUUCACAACUGUCAGCAUACCCAAGUUCCUGGGCACUAUGAUUACAGGAGAUAAAACCAUUUCCUUUAAUGGUUGUAUGAUUCAGUUAUUUUUUUUCAUUCUCUUGGGAGUCACUGAAUUUUACCUUCUGGCCGCCAUGUCCUAUGACCGUUACAUUGCCAUCUGCAAACCUCUCCAUUACACGACCAUCAUGAAUCACAGAGUCUGCAUACUCCUGGUCUUUGCUUCAUGGCUGGCUUCAUUCUUAAUCAUAUUCCCGUCACUUAUGCUGUUCAUACAACUUGAUUACUGUAAGUCCAAUGUUAUAGACCAUUUUACCUGUGAUUAUUUCCCCUUACUACACCUUUCUUGUUCAGACACAAAAUUCCUAGAGAUAGUGGGUUUUUCCUGCGCUGUGUUUACUCUAAUGUUCACUUUGGCGUUAAUAGUUCUGUCCUAUAUAUAUAUCAUCAGAACAAUUUUGAGGAUUCCUUCUGCUAGUCAGAGGACAAAGGCCUUUUCCACCUGUUCUUCCCACAUGAUCGUCAUCUCCAUCUCCUAUGGCAGCUGCAUUUUCAUGUAUAUUAAUCCAUCAGCAAAAGACAGAGUGUCUCUGAGCAAGGGAGUUGCUGUGCUAAACACCUCAGUGGCCCCCAUGCUGAACCCCUUUAUUUACAGCCUAAGGAAUCAACAAGUCAGGCAAGCCUUCAUGGACAGGGCAAGAAAGAUUGUAUCUUUCUCAAAAAAAAUGAAGAAAUAA